ACAUGACCACCACAACCACACAACCCGACUAAACAAUCUUGCGGGGAUCCAAAUGGCACCCCCACUUGAAGCCCACGCCGCCGCCGGCCUCCGCAUCGUCCGCACGGCGCGCAUCGCGCCGGCGCCGCCCGCCGGCGAGCCCGCGCUGACCGAGCAAGCUCUGCCCCUCACCUUCAUGGAUGUGCUGUGGCUCAGUGCGCCACCCGUCGAGCGCGUCUUCUUCUACCGCCUCCGACCCGGGGACGGCGACGUCGACGCCGUCCUGUCCCGGCUGGAAGAGUCGCUGUCCAGGGCGCUCCACACCUUCUACCCGCUCGCCGGUCGCGUUGGCGCCACGCCCGGCGAGGCCAACCGGUACGAGCUCUUGUACAAGCCCGGCGACGGCGUGGCGUUCACCGUCGCCGAGCACGACGGCGCCGGCGUCGGCGUCGAUGAGCUUGCCACGGACGAGCUGAGGGAGCUCGCCAAGAUCACGCCGUUCGUGCCGAAGCUUCCGAAGGGCGGCGCGGUGCUCGCGCUGCAGGCCACCGUGCUGCCGCCCAAGCGCCGUGGCCUCGCUCUCGGCGUCACCGUCCACCACUCCGCCUGCGACGGGGUGGGCUCGACGCACUUCCUCCACACCUGGGCGGCCGCCUGCGCCGGCGACCGGGCGAUGCCGAAGCCACCCGUCAUGGACCGCACGCUCAUCCGCGACCGCAACAACAUGCUGGACGUGUUCGUCUCACCCACGAACGAAGCCAAAGAGCUGUUCACAGCGCCCGUCGCCGGCAAGCUCCUCGCCACUUUCACGCUGUCCAGAGAGCUCCUGCAGGGCGUCAAGGACGCCGUCGCCGGCGAGGCAGCACGCCGCAGUGUCCCGGCGCCCCGGUGCACGUCUCUCGUCGCGACGUACGGCCUCAUGUGGCUGUGCUUCCGCCGCGCUAUAGCGGGCGGCGGCGAAGCCGAGCCUCGUCACGACGACGGCCUCGCCCACCUCGUCUUCGCCAUCGACCACCGCUCGCGGCUGGAGCCCCGCAUCCCCGACAGGUACUUCGGCAACUGUGUCGGCCCGGGCUUCGCCGCGGUGCCUAUCAAGGAGCUCGCCGCCGCCGGCGCCACAGUCGCGGACGGUGUCUUCGCGGCCUGCGCCGCGGUGGCCGCCGCCAUCGACGAGGCGGUGCGCGGCGAGCCGGGAUACUGGGAGCGGUGGCUGGAGCGCAUCGUGGAGGCGUGCCGCGACGAGUCGCCGUUCUCGGUGGCCGGGUCGACGAGGUUCUGCGUGUACGGCAUGGACUUCGGGUUCGGGAGGCCGGCGAAGGUGGAGAUCGUGUCCGUCGCGAAGACCGGCGCGAUGUCGGUGGCCGAGGAGCGCUCGGGCUCCGGCGGCAUCGAGGCCGGGAUCGCUCUGCCGCCGGAGCAGAUGGACACGUUCCGGAGCAGCCUCGCCGAGGCCAUCGCCUGGCUCUCCUCGUCUUCCCAGUGCAACUAGCUUGGAAUCUGCUGGGAAUCUUUUCUGUAACACUGUAGUAUUUAUUAGUUGGCUUUUUGCCCUACUGUUGGGAUUUUCUAUUUUUCUUGAAUGGCUGUCGUCUGUUCUUGGACAGGUUCAAUGUAUCAGCAGCAGAGAGAGGGAAUUGGUUCGCUGUUUUUUUUUAAAAAAAAUCAAACAGUAUAC